CGAUUAAUCGAAAGUCGACUUACAUAUCCCUAUUAUGACGUUUGUCUAGGAAGGCAUUUUAACGUAAACAUAAAAUAAACAACAAUAAAAAAGGAAAGGAGGAGCAAUGGAAACCCCAAACACCAACAAAGAAUUUGAGGUGACUGGCGUGUCUAGAAGUGGACGCAUACGUAAGAAGUCAUCCAAGCUAUUAGAUUUCCAAUCACCUGAUGAAAGCAUUCAACGGAAAAUAUACAAAAGAACAAGUACAUCAACGGGUUCAAGAAGUGCGGCCAAACACGGUGGACGUGGACGUCCCAGUUUGGCUACGCUUAGGGCCCGUAAACAGACACGCCCGGGACAGGAAGCUGGUGGUGAUGCCAAUGAUAUGGCAGAGGAUGAUGAUGAUAUGGAUAAUGAAAACGAUUUGGACGAUAAAAAUAUGAGUUCCGCCCAGGAUAGGCCAGCAGUUAAUACGGAGGAUGAUGAUGACGAUGGUGGUGAUAUGGACGACGACGAUGAUGAUGACAUGGCUGAUGAUGAUGAACAUUUGGAUGAUGUCAUGGGUAAUAAUGCCACCGAAUCAGAUGAUGAUGGUUUCGGGGAAUUAGUGGCCGAUUUGGUUGGUGCAGAAGGUUCGGCUGGGGACCGGAAUUCCCAGAAACCCGAUUCGAAUGUACGUAAAUCUUUGUACAUGAGCGAAAAGAGAUCGGGCAAAGAUGGACGUUUGGAGCGUAAAGAUAAGGGCAAGUCGCGUUAUACGGCCUACAGUCUGUGGGCAAGGGAAUAUCGCAAAACUGCGAAUUUUGGCAAAGAAGUUGACUUUACCACUGCCCGUCGGGAGUUGUGGGCAAAUGUUUCGAAUAAAGAGAAAAAUAAUUGGCGCAGAAAGGCCAAGAUUCAGGCCACCAAGGCCAAGGCAAUGGAAAGGUCUGGUGGUGCAAUGAACAGGGAUAAAAAAUUGGAGGCCUCACCCUCGGCCAACGCCACAAAUUCAACAUUUAUAAAUCGCCCGACAACAAGUCGUACCAAGAAAUUACAGCUACAGGCUGAGGAGAAACAAAAGGCCAAAGAAAGCAAUGUAAGCGAGACCAAGGCGGCGGCGACAACACCCACCUCUCGUAGAACCCGCAAUAAUUCGUAUAAUCGUAAAACGGCGGCAAAUAAAAAUUCAAAUACUGUGGCCUUGUAUGCAAAUGGCUCGAAUUAUGAUGCCAUGGGCAAUGCUUCGUUGUAUAAUAGUAACACUCCACUGCCCACCAUUGAACCCAUUGAUGCAGCGGCCCAUCUCAAACUGUUGGGUGAAAGUCUUACCAUUAUUGGUGAACGCCUCAAGGAUCAUGAGGGACAAAUUGCUGUAUCGGGUAGUUUGUCAGUACUGCUGGACAGUUUGCUGUGCUCUCUGGGUCCAUUGCUGUGUCUAACAACCUGCCUACCCGGCCUGGAGAAGAAGACCAAAUUGAAAACCAAUCUAGCUGUUACUUUGGAUAAUAUUGCCUAUGUUAUGCCGGGUCUUUAGGCGAGGCGACAUUUUAUUUUUGGGCUUUAUAUUUAAGAUGCUAUAGUUUUAAGACUGCAAAUCAAAAGUGUAUUGUGAAAACAUAGAAAGUGUUUUAAAAUGAUAUAUUGAAAUAAAAUAUAUUGAAAAUAGAGAGUAAAAAUUCAAAGGAAAGUUAGUUUUUAAUUCGUCUAGAAAAUAAUCCGGUGUGGGUUACUCAAGAGAUAGUUACAGAGACUGAUCGUCUCGAAACAGCUGUGAAUAAAACAAUUGAUUUACGUAUAGAAAUUAUAUGUAUAUGUUUUGUUUUUAUUUAUGGCAAUUUCAUAAAGGAAUAAACAAGAUUCUUAAAAAAAUAUGUUGACAACAUUAUUUUAAACAAAUUAGGAAUGAUUUGAGAUUAUAAGGUAAAUAAUAUCCAAUACCUUGUCUUUUGUUUGCGAAAAAAAGGAACACUUAAUUUUAGUUAUAGAUGUCAAAAAUUUCCAAUACUAGCUACACAGUGGAACAUAAACUUUGUUAACUUAAAAUAUAAAACAAAUUUUAAAAAAUAAAAUAAACAAUUUUUCACUAUGAACACAAAAUUUACACACGCAAUCAUUAAAUUAGGAAUUCUUCGUUGUCCAUAGACGUGAAAAGGGGAAUGGAGAAGAGAUUUUUUUUGGGGAAUAGCGGUUUUUUCUCAGGAAAAUAUUGCCGUCAUGUCUUUGCAAAAUAGUCAAAUUAGAGAGAGAGGGAGAGAGA